UCUCAUCCGUCAAAGUUUCAAGAAACCCUUCAGAACCUUCCUCACUCUUUCUUCUUCUUUUUAUAAACUAACCAAACCAUAAUCCUUUUUAUUCAUUCAUUAGUUAUUAUUAUUAUUAUUUAUAGUUUAUCUUUCUACCUCUUAUUCACUCUCUCUCACUCACUCACACACAACAUGGCUCAAGUCGAAAACGAUGAAGCCACACGAAAAUUCAAGGAGAAUCCAAUCCCCAACGAUUUCGAUGCAAAGGGUUACAGUCUCAGCGGCAAGAUCAUGCUCUCCGCCAUAAUCCUUCUCUUCUUCGUCGUCAUUUUGAUGCUCUGUCUUCACAUAUACGCCCGAUGGUACCUUAUUCGCGCUCGUCGCCGUCACCUCCGCCGCAACCGUCGUAGCGGUCGGACGCAGCUCGUGUUCUACGACCACGCCGACAACCCCGCCGCCAUCUCCCGUGGCCUCGACGCCGCCGUCAUCGCCUCGCUUCCUGUCUUCUCCUACGACCCCAAGAAUCAGCCGGAGAAUCCGACGGAAUGUGCUGUGUGUUUGUCGGAGUUCGAAUCGGGUGAAAUGGGUCGGGUUUUGCCCAAAUGUAACCACAGCUUUCAUACUGAGUGUAUAGACAUGUGGUUCCAUUCUCACGCCACGUGUCCGCUUUGUCGUGCUCCGGUUGAACCCGCGCCCGAAGGAGAGACCCGAGCCGAAGUGGUUAUAAUGGUGUGUGAACUGGAAUCCGGUUCGGGUUCCGGUUCGGGUUCAAUGGAAGAUGAGAACCGAAACCGAACCGGUCGAGAGGGUUCAUGUUCUACUUCUUCGGUCGGGACGAGGAAACCGUCGUUAGUUGGUGUGACCGUUGAGGUGCCUUUGAGGAACGAGAAUUUUGGGGACGAGUCGAGUUGCGACUCGCCCUCGACACAGUCUUCGUUUCGGUCGCCGAUGAGUCGUAUGUUGUCGUUCAAGAGAAUACUUAGUAGGGAACGGAAGGGAAGCGUUUCCCCGUCGUCGUGCGGCGGCGCUUGCAGCUCUGCGGCUGAGUCCAACGCGGAACGAGGUGGGGGCGACGAGACUCGGUGAGUCGGUACUGACGUGGCGCCUUACGAAGCGAAAACCUGUUAGAAGCGUGGGUUUGGCGCGUGGCGGCGACUGUAGAUGGAUUUGUAAGGGGAUAGUGGGGACGUGAGUGGAGGCAGUGAGCGGCGCGUGAGGAUACGUGGCACGCAGAGGCACAGAAUGUAAUUUGUGUUAAGCUUAGGAUGAUGUUCCUAUUUGUUUAUACUAUUUUCUUUAUUUUUUGUUGGUUGGAUUCGGACAACAGUAAAAUACAAUACAAUGCUUGUACAUAGUAAGUGUGAAAACAACUUCAAAGGAUAACUCUGUUCUUGGCAAUGAUAUUUGUUUUCUUUUUUAUCUCUUAAUUAAUUAAUUUUCUU